UAGUAGAGCGUAGAAGUAGUCCCGCCCCCGAACUCCCAAGCGUUAAUAGUCUGCGUGGGGAUUGGUCCAGCUUCUUGCUUACUUCCUCGAGGUUCUUUCUCAUUUUCUGUUUCUCUCUCCUAAAUCUGAAAAUCCCAAAUCUCGAAUUCGAAUGGCGUCGUUGAGGCAGCGUCUUCUCCUCCCCAUCCUCUUGGCGGUGGGGCUCUUCUCCGUCGCUGCCUACGCGAGGCCUGGCCUCCACUUCCAUCCCUGCAACACCCUUCUCAUCUCCUACUCCUUCUCCAUCGAUUCGCAAAACCCUAACCCUAACCUUAACUCCAAGCCUAAUUCACCCCAAUUCCUCACAAUCUUCACCCAUUUCACCCAAUUCAAGCCCAGGCCCUCUCGCAUCUUCGUCGAUCGCCCCAAUUUCCUCCUUCCUGACGAUGAGCCCGAGAUCCGGCGACCCAGAUUCUUCCCCCGCUCCUCGCCGUCCUCGGUUGUCAGCUCCCUCCGUGAUCGCACCAAAGACAUCAUUAGCGUUGUGGUGGCUCUUCUCUUUGGCGUCGGCUGCGGUUUCCUCACCGCCGCUACCAUGUACUUGGCUUGGUCGCUUUUCUCCAACCGCUUCUAUGAUCUUUCCAAUUCUUACGACGAUGAUGACGAUGAUGACCAAGAUGACGAUGAUGCUAGCCCCAAAAAGAUGGGAUACCUCAAGAUUCCUGCUGCGGAUGCCGCUGUUGCCCCUGCUUCGGAGAAAGCAGCGGUAUGAGGCGAAUGAUGGAUUUUAUCUACUUAAUAUUAUCUCUGUGCAUUUUGCGGUUACAUUGUUGAACUUAACAUUUCAGGUCGCUCCAUUACUGUAAUUGUCAUAUCUAUGACUUGUUGUUAUAUAUAACCUAAUACAUCAAAUUCUUGACGUUC